AUGCUCUUCCUACAGACUCUCGCUAUCCUUGCCUCGGCUAUCGGACUGGUAAAGGGCCAGGCUAUCGACCCAAGUGAAGUUGCCUUAUCCACAAGAGAACAAUGGUGUCAAUCACAGACCUCCUCCUGUCCACUUCUUUGUCUCCAGAUGCCCGGGGCCUCGGGUAAGCCCAAGGACAACGACUGUAGUGCGAAAACACUUUCCUACUCAUGCAUCUGCAGUAACAAUGCUUCUCCCAAUGCUUCUGAAUACUCGGAGACAAUCCCCUAUUACAUUUGCACCGAGCGGAACAACCAAUGCGUUCAUGCCUGCCCUUCUGGUGAUUUAAACUGCCAGUCUAAAUGCCGUAAUGAUAAUCCUUGCGGGGCUCAGAAUCCCAGGCGUGUCAACAAGACUUCCACCGCCACUGUUAGCACUCCUGCUGCUACCACUUCUCUGGCACCUUUCACUGGAGAGGCUGAUAAUGGCGUUGCCCCUCGGCAGCUGGUUGAUAUGGGACAGGUCUACGGCCUGGUCUUGGUCGUUGGUGGAUUUCUCGCAGGUUUUGCAACCUUGCUCUAA